AAAUUUUCCAGAGAGGGCGCCAGAGGUCGUACAAAGCCCGCAUUGCCGCCUGUUUAAGCGCAAAGAAUCGUUUGGUGGAUAUUGUUUGCCAAUUACUCACUGAUAAUCAACCAUGGAAGACUCUGAUGAAUUCAAAUGGGCUGUAAAAGUUGUUAUAAAACGACAAAUGAGAGAUCUGAUGGAACAGUUACGAGAGCGUGGCGAGGAGAUAGCAAUAUUGACUGUUAAUUUAGAUGACAACACAUGUUCACAUUUUGGGUCACCUAGUGGUGAAUGGUUUGUUUCUGAACAGAAGAACCUUGCUCAAAACUUUCUCAAGUUCUGUAAAGUCAAAGGUAAAAAAGGCAGCCAAAAUACAGACACACACAUAAGCACUGGUACGUUUUCAAGUCCAAGAUCAGCUGUAAAACAACGGACAGCACAAUCUGCAGGUGCCCCUACAUUAACAGUGACUGUACCGAAACAGUUGGCUGGAGAUGUAACGGAGGAGGAGCUUGCUUCUCUAGUAGGAAGGAUAGUAGCCUCUCAGUUGGCUGUUCAGGAGAAAGGUGAUGGCUCUAGCAGUGGUACAAAGUUUGAUUUACUGGUUGAAGCUGCAAACAAUGCUAAAAAGAAUCGAGGAACAAGCUCUGUGGUAUCUACACCAUCGUCAAGAUCUACAAGGAAAAGGAAAAUGUCACAGAGAUAUCGUGAAGGUAUUAGCAGCUUAAAGAAAGGCAAAAAGUCAGAGGAGGAGGAUACUGGCAGUGAAUAUGAAACUGGACAUGAUGAAAAUGUCAUAACUAACAUGUUAGCACAACUAAGUACAACCAUUUUAAAAAGGGUCAAGGUGAAAACAUCAGAGGAAGUACCUGUCAGUAUUGAGAAGUCUGUUCUAGCUAGCUCCGAUCAACUGGAGAGUCUGGCUGUAUUACUGAUACAAGAAAUUGAUGAGAUGGCUGGAGGUCUCCUUACUAAGGAAAAGCUUGUACAGGUGACAGUGAUUCUAGAUGAGGCUAAUACAGAGAGUAAAGUAACAAUUGAAGUGGAGGGCAUUGGCACAGAAAGGGUGAAGAAUGAAGAUAUGGACGACUCGGACAUGGAGUACCUUGACCUUGAUGGACAUAUAGACGAAGAAGAUGAUGAGGAGGAUGAUAGCUAUAUGGAUUCGGCUGAUCCAACAUUUGAACCAAAAGCUUUUUCCACUCUGAAAAGGCCCAAGAUUACAAGUAUGAUUAAAACAGGAGAUAUGGAUUCUUCUAAGUUAAUGUUAGACACACCUCAGACUCUGAAAAGAAAGCCAAAAUCCAAAAAGCCUUUGUCAGAGACAAUGCCAACACCUUGUGAACAUUGUGGUAUACAUUUAGCUGGAAAAAGUAAUCUGAAAUCCCACAUUAGACGAGUACACUUGAAGCAAAAGGACAAAAAGUGCACAAUUUGUGGAAAGGGCUUCUGGGCUGCAACAGCAAGAGAGAGCCAUAUGCUUUCAGUGCAUACAAGAAGAUGUGAAACAUGCCAGGAAUAUGUUGUUGAGUCAGUGCCCUGGGGCUCUGGGAUGGAUAUGAGGAUGAAAAGAGAUGUAAUCUGCACAUGUGGUUCUAUUGUUAGUAUUUACAGCACAUUCGGACGAAAGCGACAAUAUCUUCGAGAUGAUGAGCCCGAUGAAGAAGGUAAUCUUCCAGAACCAGAAUCUAGAAGAAAAUCAAAUACAGGGACCAAAUAUGCUUGUGGUACAUGUGGAAAGUUGUUCAUGAAAAAAUCGAAUUGUGAAAGGCAUUCACGUGCACAUACUGACUAUAAAGGAAUUGAAUGUGAAAUUUGUGGUAGCCAGUUUUCAUAUGAAUCUUCUCUUAAAAAACAUUUGCAAACUGAGCAUGGUAUCACUAAGCAUGUGUGUGAAAUCUGCGGAAAGAACUACAGUAAUGAAACUGCUCUUAAAGUACAUUAUGUGAAGUAUCAUGCUCAGGAGAACUUUACAAUUGGAGAAAAUGUUGUAAUGAUAGUUAAAGAGAAAGGAAAUGACACAGCUGACCUUGAGCAGCAGAUGGAAGAGAUAAUGGAAGGAGAGCAGGAGGUUGAAGAGAUAGGGGAACACCAAAAUGGACAAAUAACUCAACUAGCUGAUGGUACAAGUCUUGUGGUGAGUGAAAGUGGUCAGGUGGUUGUCACUCAUGGAGAAGGUGGCCAAGUGACAUUGACAACCGAGUCUGGUCAACCAGUAGGAGAUUCAGAAGCAGCUAGGAUUGUUCAGCAAGUUAUUCAUGAUGGGCAAGUUGUAGCCCAAGAAGGAAAUAUGUCAAUAAUUAUUAAACAAUUACCAGUCGAAGAGCUACAAUGAUAAAAUAUUGGUAAUAACCAUUUUUAGUGAUCAUAAUUUUCUUAAUGAAAUUUUCCUAUUAACAAUUUGUUACCAAAUGAUUGUUUAUUAACACAUUUAGAUAUGUGUAAAAUCAGAAUGACAUGCUAGUUAUUUAUUACACUGUUCUGUGUUAUUUAUUGACUGAGUUAAAGCUUAAUGAUUGUAUUGUAACAUCAAUAAUUUUAUUCCUUUGUGUCUGGCUUCAUAAUUAAUUUAUACAUAAGUUGAUAACAUGUAGUUUAUGAAACAGGAAUAAAUUUUACACAGUCAUUGUAGUUAAAAGUUUAAAGCAUAUUUAAGAAUUUGAGAGCUGUGUUAUAUAUGUAGUAGCAGACAGGUUAUUUAAUUUAUGUUAUUGUUAGUCUUUUUCCUGUUUAAGAUAUUGUUUAGAAAAAAUAUAAAUGGAAUCUGAAUAAAGGUGAAACUGUUGAGUAAAAGUUAAUGAAAUUGUUACAUUGACCCUCCAUAUGUAAUUAAUCUUUCAUUGUUUUUUUUUUUUUUUUUUUUUUCUUUACUAUCUUGACAUUAUGUGCAUUUAUAUUUGCUUUGUCCUGCAAAUCUUCCUGACAGUUGGACAUCCCAUAUUAAAUGAUUGUGUCAAAAUUUGAUUUUUGAGCUGUUUUUUUUUUUAAAGAAAUUAACAAGUUUCUUACAAUUUAUGAUAGGACAUAGAUUUUAACAUAAACAUAUUCAAAAUGGAAGUUCAGAUAUUUGUAGAUUAUUUUGUAAUGAAAAUCAGAUCUCUGCUUAGAAUUUCUGUAAAAGAGGUGUCUUUAUUUUGUUUGAAAGUGUUUGGUGUACAAAUCGUGUUAUCAAUAGAAAAGAAAUGUAGUAUUUCCAUUUUGAUUUUUUCCCCAAUAAUUUCUGCUCAUUUUGUAUCUAUAGUGCAUUAUUUCAUGUUUGUAUAUAUUCAGUGAAUACUGAGCAUUAAAUAUUUCAAAAUUUGUGGAGAUUAAAUUUUAAAAAACU